AUGGUGGCCCGUUCCGCGAACUAUCAGUGCAAGGAUAUUGAAAAACAGGUCGCAUGUGUUGUGAUAUUACCGUGUAAUAUCACGGAGUUCAGAGUUGUCGUGUGCGCUGACGUCGCGGCCGGUUNCAAUAUAGAAGACAGCCAGGGCGAGGUAGAUACGUCGAGAGGUACUCCGACGCCGCGCACGGCACCCCGCGCGAGCACAACAUACGCCGGUCCCCGAGCGCCCACUUAUACGGCGCCGGAAUCCGCCAUACGGCCCCCGCAGCCGCCGCCACCCGGGCGCCGCCGGCCGUCACGUACGCCGCCCCCGCCGCCGUCGUCCCCGCCGCCGCAACCAUCACCUGACGCCGCCGCCGCCCCCGCCGCGAGAAAGUCGCGUCCCACAUGCACGUACUGCAAAAGUNUUAUAUCAUCCCCGCCCGCACCCCGCACGGUCCCCGUUCUCGUCCCGCCCCUGUGCCCCCGCGUUCCGCAGGCGAGUGCACGUACAAACGAUGGCACGGUGUACUCCACGAUACGGCUCGAAAUUCGAAGCGAGAGUGACGCGCGACAAUCGAAUCCGCCCGAAAUUGAGUUGAAAAGUUUCCAGUGCACAAAGUUGGGAUCGCGAGUCGGGGCUCGGCGCGACAGGGACGCGGCAGCCUCGCAGCGCUCGGAACACGACUGGCGGCUGGCGGCCCGUGGCGCCGCGCCGCGCGCCGCGCCUCGCGACAGGAACACCCACACACGCGCGCCGCGAACUCGCGCUCACGAGCCCACCACGCACACCAACACCCUCGCUAACUGA